AUGGCAAAGCGCUCACGAGAUGAUUUUGAGCCUCCCUCGGACCUCGACAACUUAGGAGACACUCCUGCUGUAUCCAUCACUCAUUUCUCCGCCUCGAAAUUCCUUCAACUCGACCCAGAUUCUUCAAGCGGUGAGACAACGCAUCACACCGAGAUGAGAUGCUCAUUACCACCACAUCGAGAGACACUAUCCUUUCCAUCCCUUGAAAUUUACGAGGUACAUUACAACAAGACACACUUGAACAGGUGUUUAGAGUGCCGGAAGAAUUUCCCCACAGAGCAUUUCUUGAAUUUACACAUUGAGGAGAAUCAUGACGCGUUGGUGAGCGUGAGAAGGGAGAGGGGAGAAAAGACAUAUGGCUGUUUUGUUGAAGACUGCGAUCGAAUAUGCUCCACGCCGCAAAAGAGACGCAUGCACCUGAUCGACAAGCACCUCUUUCCUAAAGAAUAUGAUUUCUACGUGGUGAACGAUGGAAUAGAUCACCGAAAUUCAAUGCUCUGUUCUGGAAGACAUCGAAGGCGAAGUUCCGCAGUCCAGCAUAUGACAGAGAUUGAAGACAGGGCCAAGAAACGAAACUCAAACCUGGAAACGAUUGCUAGUGCUCCGGGAGGGGAUGUCAAAGGUCAAGAUGGGACGGAAAGCUCCGAGAAGGAUGUAGACUCUUUGCCCUCUUCAGACGAUGCGGACAUGGAAGGCCUCACUGGUGCAAUGUCCUCACUGAAGUUUGUACCUCCAAGUGUUAGAUUUGGCCGGGGGAGAGGACGGGGUAGAGGAGGGUUCAGCCGCCGAACAUGA